AUGUCUGAAUAUUGGAAGUCAACACCUAAAUAUUGGUGUAAGCAUUGUAAAGUAUUCGUUCGCGACACGAAGCUGGAAAAGACAAAUCAUGAGGCGACCCCGAGGCAUCAAGGCAAUCUCAAGAGGUUUGUACGAGAUAUACACCGUGGACACGAGAAGGAGGAGAAGGACAAGGAGCGCGCAAAAUCCGAGGUAGCAAGACUGAAUGGUUUGGUGGCUGGCGGAGGCUCUGGCGCAAGUUCAUCUGGUUCAGGAUUCGGUAGAGGACCAACACCAUCAGUACCGAAACCACAAGCUUCAGCGGCUCAAAGGAAACAACAACUUGCCCAGCUAGCUGAGCUUGGAGUUAGCAUACCAGACGAGUUUCGACCGGAUAUGGCAAUGGCAGGCGAGUGGCAGGUCACUUCAGAAAGAGUUUUGGAGCCUGAUAGCGAGACGAAGGUCGAAGCCAAAGCCAUGGGGGUUAAGAGAGAACGCGGAGAAGAGGAAGAUGAUCCGGAAGCCGCUGAGCUCAAGAAGAAGAGAUGGGGCUCGAAAUUCCGCGCACAUCCAACAGAAGAGGAUAAUGCUGACCUUGAUACUCUCUUAAUUCAAGCUACAGCAAGAAGUCGCGAGCCAGCGAUCAAGCCAGAGGUGAAAACUGAGGACGAGAAACUUGAACAUAUCAAAUCUGAGAUCAAGGUCGAACCUACUCCUACGGCCUGUUUGCUGGAGAGCGGCGCUGCAAACAGCUCUACAGAGGGUGUCAAAGAGGAGGAGGUACCAAAUAUACUUGCAGAUAUACCCGACUCAGAUGUCACACCGAAGCAAGAAGGAGUCGGACAAAGUGCUACUGGAAUUGUUUUCAAGAAACGGAAGGCAAAAAACAUCCGACAAAAAUGA